AUGGUUCUUCUCCGGAAUGCCAUGAAGGUGGCAGCAUGCGUCUCGGGUUGUGCCGUUGCUGCCAAAUUUUGGGAUGACGGCACAUUACGAAAGGCGUAUGCGUUCACCGCUGCCUCUGAACGGAAGACUUUUGACGAGCAUUUUCCCAGAGGUACUUGGGAUGAUAACUGGGACUUCCGAUCUCCUUCGUUUCUCAUCAAUGCAAAGGAAUACUCAAAAGCAAGUGAAGCUGAAAAGAAGAAGAUGGACGAGGAGGUGAAGUCAAAAGCCACUAGGAACAUAUUUUUGAUUCGUCAUGGAAGAGAGCAAGCAGCAAUUCUUGGGAAACGUUUGGCUGCUUCUGGAGUGAAGUUCGACAGCCUCGUUAUGUCAACGAUGGUGAGAGCUACAGAAACGGCCGAGAUAAUACUGGAACAAAUGCCGGACUUGAAGAGAACGUCUUGCUCCUUGCUUGAGGAAGGCCCACCAUAUCCUCCUGUGCCUGCUGUGGAUCACUGGAAACCGCCUCUUUCGGAGUUCUUCGCGGAAGGAGCCAGAAUAGAAUCAGCGUUUCGGCGGCAUAUUCACCGCGCUCCACCUUCACAAAAGGAGGAUUCUUACGAAAUUAUUGUAUGUCACGCAAAUGUCAUCCGAUAUUUCAUAUGCCGUGCCCUGCAGUUUCCGCCUGAAGGAUGGCUGCGAAUGUCUCUUGGAAAUUGCAGCAUUUCAUGGCUAAUCAUCCGGCCAUCAGGGCGCGUAAGUUUGCGCAGCUUAGGAGAUAUUGGGCAUCUUCCUCCGUCGAAGGUCUCUUAUACUUGA